UUUCCAUCUCUCACCACAGGAAAUGUUUGUGUGGUUUAAAUGCAAGCUGGAGUCUCUUGCAAGCAGCUUGUGAGUACAGAGAGUGUAAACAGCAUGGCCAGCCGUGUGGAGCAUCCUGCUGCAGGCUACAGGAAGAUCUUUGAGACAGUGGAGGAGCUGAGUGAACCGAUACCUGCAGAGAUCACUGGUGUUUUACCAUCAUGGCUGGGCGGCAGUCUCCUCAGGAUGGGUCCAGGUCUUUUCGAGGUGGGGGAUGAACCUUUCUACCACCUGUUUGACGGACAGGCUAUGAUGCACAAGUUUGACCUGAAGAACGGGCAGGUGACUUACUACAGGAAGUUCAUCAGGACGGACGCAUAUGUUCGUGCUAUGACUGAAAACAGAGUGGUCAUCUCCGAGUUUGGCACAGCAGCCUACCCAGACCCCUGCAAAAACAUCUUCUCCAGAUUCUUCACUUACUUCAAAGGCAUCGAAGUGACUGAUAACUGUUUAGUCAACAUCUAUCCAAUCGGUGAGGACUUCUACGCCGUCACAGAGACCAAUUACAUCACCAAGGUUGAUCCUGAUUCGCUGGAGACGUUAUCGAAGGUGGACCUGUGCAAGUACCUCUCAGUGAAUGGGGUGACUGCCCACCCCCACACUGACACAGAUGGUACCGUCUAUAACAUCGGUAACUGUUUUGGCAAGAACAUGAGUCUGGCUUAUAACAUUGUCAAGAUCCCACCCGCUCAGAAAGACGACUCAGAUCCCUUAGAGAAAUCACAGGUCGUGGCUCAGCUGCCCAGCAGUGAGCGGUUAAAGCCCUCCUACAUGCACAGUUUCGGUAUGACAGACAACUACUUUGUGUUUGUGGAGCAGCCGGUGAAGAUCAACCUGCUCAAGUUCCUGUCGGCUUGGAGCAUCACAGGAGCCACAUACAUGGACUGCUUUGAAUCCAACGACAGCAUGGGGACAUGGUUCCACCUGGCCACUAAAGACCCCGCAGGUUAUAUGAGCAGCCACAAGUUCAGAACAUCAGCCUUCAACCUCUUCCACCACAUCAACGCCUACGAGGACGAGGGAUUCAUUGUUGUCGACCUCUGCACGUGGAAAGGUCAUGACUUUGUGUAUAACUACCUGUACCUGGCCAACCUGAGGGAGGAGUGGGAGGAGGUGAAGAAAGCAGCGAUGAGAGCUCCUCAACCCGAGGUCAGACGAUACGUACUGCCGCUGGAUAUACACAGAGAGGAGCAGGGGAAGAAUCUGGUAUCUCUGUCCUACACUACAGCUACUGCUGUUCUUCACAGUGAUGGCACCAUCUGGCUCGAACCUGAGGUCCUCCUUUCUGGACCAAGACAGGCCUUUGAGUUUCCACAGAUUAACUACUCUAAGUGUCGUGGGAAGAAGUAUUCCUUCGCCUACGGCCUGGGACUCAACCACUUCAUCCCUGACAGGAUAGUCAAGCUGAACGUGCAGACCAAAGAGACCUGGGUGUGGCAGGAGGAAGAGUGUUACCCGUCAGAGCCGCUGUUUGUUCCCACACCUGGCGCUACAGAGGAGGACGACGGUGUGCUGCUGAGUAUCGUUGUGAAGCCGGGCGCAGAGAGACCAGGCUUCCUGCUGGUGCUGGAUGCCAUGAAACUGACUGAGCUGGCCAGGGCGGCGGUCAACACCAUCAUCCCUGUGACCUUGCAUGGCAUGUACAAACCGUGAACUCGGCACUCGACCUCACCCGACCAAGACAUAUCAUAAAGUACUUGAGUCCUUUCAAUUAGAAAUUGACUCCAAAAAGUAGUUUUUUUUUCUGCUUAAGCUGCUGCUUGAGUAAAAUGACUUAAAUGGCUCUGAUCUACAUCUAAACCAACCAUGACUCUGUUGGUGAUUUUAAAGGUCCCAUAUUGUAUAAUGGGAGAUGUCCAUCUCUUUUUUGAUUGUAAAGCAGGUCUAGGUUCUAUAUUAAUACUGUGAAAGUACCAAAGUGCUCAGUUCUUAUGGAUCAAAGCUUCAAAUAAAUCAGUGGAAAAGUGUAAAAUAUGGGACCUUUAAACUCCUCAGAAAAUGAUUUACCAAGACAAAUUCAAACAUUAGUAAACAUUAGUGGUAUGAAAAUGAUUUACAAAUGAUUACAUUUUGGGGACAUACAGUACUUGGUACAUUCACACAUAAGAACAGCAUACAACCAUGUGUUAUUAAUGUUAUUUCUAUUUGAGCUCAAACUUGUUUCUGAGCUAGCAGUGUCUGUUGAUUGUAAUGUAAUGACGACAAUAAAUAAAGACAGCUGACCACUUCA